ACAGCUCUCAAAAAGUGCGUUUUGUUUACAUUGCAAUUUGUGAUUUUUAAUUUGUUUUUCUGGCAGAAAUUCAUGAAAUUUAUAGUUUUAGUUCUUUAAUGGCAAAUAUGGAAAAAUUAAAUGCAACAUUAAAUGCGGUAAAAUCAUUACGUUCCAGUGUACGCCAGUGUUUUGAACAAUUAGCAGAUGGCACUGCCGCCGAACAAACUGAAGAUAACCGGACGAAAUUCCUGGUCGAGUUUCAAGAGAAUUAUAGCCAUAUUAAUCAACAAUUAAGGGAAGUCGAAACAUUGAUCAAUGGCUUACAACCGUCAUUGGUUUCCUCCUAUUUGGGAAAUACUACAUAUUUGGCCCAAGAAAUUACCCAGGAUCGGCAAGCUAUGUAUUCCCAGCUAGUUAAUAGUUAUAAAUGGAUAGACAAAGUUCACGAACACAGUUUAUUGGCCUUCAACAACUUAAAUUUGAAUAAUUUGCGGAGGUCCUACACCUACUGCUCGCAGAAGAGGGGUAGAGUUCAAUACACAUCUUGUAACAAUCCAGAUCCAGAAUUCAUUGACAACCUCUUUUACAAUGAUAUUUCGCACACCAACACAAUUUAUGAAGUUUGCCGUCAAUUUAGUUCCAAUGCUGUGGUGUUUGCAACCAUAAGUCAUGUUCUGAAGGCAGCUAUAAUAUGCAAAGGUGUUCUCAUUGAGUGGGUAACCGUGAAAGGGUACGAUGAACCCAUGGAAAUUGAUGAUCUAUGGACGGAAUCACGCUACGAGGUCUUUCGUAAAGUUCAAGAGCAUACGCAUUCAGCCAUGUUGCAUUUCUUUUCGCCCACUCAGCCGGAAUUGGCGGUUAAAAGUUUCAUGACUUGGUUGAAUAGCUACAGUAAAUUAUUCUUGGAACCUUGUAAGAGAUGUGGAAAAUAUGUUUCAAAUGGUUUGCCUCCCACAUGGCGUGAUUUGCGGACUUUGGAACCCUUCCAUGAAGAAUGCAAAAAUUGCUAAAAAAAACACUUCUAAACCUUAAGCAACAACAUCUUUAGUUUUAGUUUGUACUCCACAUUUUAAACAACAAAAUAAAAAUGCUAAAGUAAUUUUUUUUU